AUGCUCACGAUCGCGAACGAUAACUUCUACGUCGACGACGACGCGCUGAAAAACACGCCGUCGCGCGCGGAUGGCGUCUCCGAGGACGUCGAGUUCGCGCAGCGCGCGCACGGAUGCGAGCUCGUCCUCCGCGCGUCGAUCCUCCUCAAGACGACGCAGUCCGUGGGAUGCACCGCUCAGGUGCUCCUGCACCGGUUCUACACGAAGAAGUCGCUCGCGGUGUUCGACGUCGAGCGCGUCGCCAUGGCGACGGUGUUCCUCGCGUGCAAGCUGGAGGAGAACAACCGGAAGCUGCGAGACGUCGUGAACGUGUUUCAUCGAAUGAAACAGAGACGCCGACGCCGCGACGACGCCGCCGCCGAAAACGCCGACGACGACGCGUCGCUCGACCACCUCGAGUACUUCUCGCAAAAGUACGAGGACGUCAAGCAGGACGUCAUACGCGUCGAGAGGCACGUCCUCCGCGCGUUCGGGUUCUGCAUCCACGUCGAGCACCCGCACAAGUUCGUGGUAAACUACGCGCGCAUGAUGGAACAGCCGAAAGAGUUGAUGCGUCGCGCGUGGGCCUUCGCCAACGACUCGCUUCGCACGAACCUCUGCGUGCGGUUCAGAGCGGACGCGGUCGCCGUCGCGUGCGUGUUCCUCGCCGCGAGGACGCUCGGGAUGCCGAUGCCGCGGUACCCGCCGUGGCACGACGUCUUCGACGUGUCGGCGGAGGACGCGGAGGUGAUGUCGGCGUCGAUACUCGCGUUGUAC